GGACCCCGUGCUGAGGACUUUACUGCACAAUUAAGCAGAAGGUACACGAUUUAAACAAUUUAAAUGUUUUUAUUUACUCCGGCGUGGAUUGAAUGACAAGACAUGGGGCGUCUCCUGAUCCACCACCUGUAUUUCCUGCUGAUCAGCUUGCUGGCAUGUCAUUGUCCUACAGUCAGCGGGCUGUUUGAGUGGCUGAGGCAGACAGAGGCACCUCCAGCAGCAGCACCUCCUCCACCAUCAGUAGUCCCAGCACUUCUUGCAAAGGAUGCUCAGUUUGAGAUGGCUACUGCUGAUGAGAAGUUUUUGGCUGAGGCAAAGCAAAUGGACAUCAGCCAGCUAGACGGCUGUCAUUAUGGGGUGGUUGCCCGGCUGAAGGCGAGCUGUGAAAGCCUCUCAGAGGAGCAGCUAGCGAAGCUUGGAGUUGCACUGUUUAACUGCCAGGCAGAGAGUGAGGGGCGCCAGACCUACCCAUGUACAAUGGAAAUGACUAUAAAAGAGUGUACAGCUGACAUGGAUUCAGACACAUGGAAUGCUUACCACAUAGUGAGCAACAGAGCGCGCUCUGUUUGCUACUCUACUCGCCAACAGCUCUUCCGGCGCAGAGCAGAGCACACUGUCAAUGCUCUCAUCUCCACAGCCACAAGCCAACUAGAUGCCAUGAAGGACCUUAAGGAGGGCCAGCUAGAGCUGAAGGAACUGACUGCAGCCUCCUUGGACAAGCUGUUUGAAGGUCACAGUGCACUGCAGGCCCAACAGGGGAAACUUUACGAGGGCCAGGAGCAAUUAGAGGGUUCACUGAGAGACAACCUGGAGCGUCUGAGCCAGGAGAAGGCCCUCAUCGCCUCUGGACAGGAACUGGUAGCCCAGCUCAUUCAGGGAAUUACAAAGAGAAUGGAGAAUGUCAGCGAGCAUCUUCAGAUCCAAGGCUCAGAGGUGCAGGACAGCCACAAUCUGAUUGUUAAAGACCUUGCAGACGUCAGACACCAAGCUCAGGACAUCUACCAAAAAAUUGACCACAGUAUGUCGGAGUUUCUGCAGUACCAGGACCAGACCUCACAGUACUACACUGACCUGAUGAACAAACUGGAGCGCAUGAAUAGCACACUGGGAUUCAUGCUGCACUACCUCGAUAACAUGCAGAGCCGGAUUGAGGAAAGGCUCCACAUGAUCCAGGGCUACCUUGGCUGGGCAGGUUUGAGCCUGACAGCCAUGUGGACGUGUGUUGCACAUACAGGCUACUUCGUACUAUGUGCAGUCCUGCUAACGUUCCUGCGUUGCCCAGGUUUCUCUAGAGCCAUGCUGCUGCUCACUGUGCCUCUUAAUGCAGUGGCUGAAGUCAACCAGCAGCCGGCACUGGAUCUCUCUGGCCUCACCCUGCUGCUGCUCGCUGUCUCUCUGGGUCACUGGCUUGUGAAUCAGUUGUGGGCGUGCUUCCGGACCAGAGGAAAGCCUGCUGCCCCGCUGCCGAUGGCCCCAUGUGACAUUGUGGAGCCACAGAAACAGACAUUUUCAUCCUGCCACUCAUACCCACCGUCCUCUACACCGCAGAAAAAUGAAAUCGACGGCCUGAUUGAGCAAGACGACCUGUUGAAUCAGGACAGCUUCAUAUCAGGUGACUUUGGCAUAUCAGCAGUCUCUCCCCCUCACAGGAAUCCAAUGCCAGAGUCCAGGUUUAUGCCGAGUAUUGGCACACCCAAUCACUCCACUCCCAGGCUUGUAUCACAGCUAGCGGCUCUGGUUGAUAUCCCCCCAAGGAACCUGGGAGGUGCUUUUGAUGUUGUGAACGACUCACGUGAUUUAGUGAAUGACUCACGAAGUGCGAGUCCUACCCCAUCUCUAAUCAGCAACAGCUCUCUAUCGGGCCGUCAGCUGUGCAAUGGCAUCACAAAAACGGGGAAAGCCUGUAAGAAGAGAGCCGUGCCAGGACAGGAGUACUGCAGAGUCCAUGAAGGGGGACACUCCUCCUAUGUUCACUCCUAAAAUGCUUGACUUCCCCUCUUAAUAUUUUCUUUGAUAAGGCCUUCUCUGCAAAAAAAACUUAUUGUGUGUCAUUGUAAGUUCUGCCUGCUUUGCUUAAAGAUUUAGUUAGCUAAAUAAGCACUACACUUGCAAAGUUUUU